AUUAUACGAGACUACGGCAAAGUGAUCAUUAUAAUAAAGAAGAGAGAAGAGAAUGGUAGUGACUACUAUGCUGAACUAUUUGUUUGUUAUCAUAACUGGAUGGUUAUUAAUGACAACAUCGUCAACAGUGCUAGCUAUAUUUGUCAAACCUGGCUGUCCAGAAAAGUGCGGAAACAUAACUAUCCCAUUCCCAUUCGGAAUUGGAUCGUCCAAUUGUUAUAUUGACAAAUGGUUCGAAAUCUCCUGUCACAACUCUACUACGCCUUUCCUCGAACACACUCAACUACAACUACAGGUACUUAACAUUUCUAUACUUGAUAAUUACGACAGUAGACCAUCCGAAUGGGUUCAGGUGAGAAGCCCCAUCAGUUUCUUCAACUGUGCAAAUAAGACAAGCAAAAAAUCAGCAAAUUUAACAGGAAGCCCCUUCUACUAUUCUUCUGAGAAUGACUUUGUUGCAGUAAGUUGUGGUGCUUUUGCCAAGUACGAAACAAGGAGCGGUAACAGGCUCGUCCAGGAUGGGUGCACCAGCAGCAGUUCCACCUGCUCAUCAUCAUCAUUCAAUAGUAGUAAUAAUGUUGAUUUUAGUAAUUGCGACGAUGGCGUUAAAUGUUGUCGUAGUACUUCUUUCUCUAUAGACAGUGGUGCCAGCUUCAAAAUCUCCAUGGAUAAUAAUUCUAGUACGACUCUUGCAACAAAUCGUGAUAACGAAUAUUGCAAAUAUGCAUUCCUGAUUGAUCGUUAUGAAAUUUAUAAAAAUAAAACAUCCCAUGAUCCUUAUUAUGUUCCCGCCCUCCUAAGAGUUGGGAGUGCUCUUGGAGUCUUAGUACUUGUUUUUGGUACAUGGAGACUAUACAAAUUCAUAAAGAAAAGAAAAGAAAUUAAACAGAAGAAAAUAUUUUUCAAACGAAAUGGUGGCCUUUUGUUGGAACAGCAAAUACAAUCGAGUGAAAACAAUGUCGAGCAAACCAAGUUGUUCGAUGCAAAAGAGUUAGAGAAGGUAACAAAUAACUUUAGUAUAGACAGAGUUCUUGGACAAGGAGGUCAAGGAACUGUGUACAAAGGAAUGUUGGAAGAUGGAAAGAUUGUUGCGAUAAAGAAGUCUAAAAUAAUUGAUGAAGCCAAACUCUCAGAAUUCAUUAAUGAGGUUGUUAUUCUUACGCAAAUCAAUCAUAGACAUGUUGUCAAGCUAUUGGGUUGUUGUUUGGAGACAGAUGUUCCACUUCUAGUUUAUGAAUUUGUCCCAAACGGAACGCUUUCUGAGUAUAUUCAUGACAAAAAUGUAGAGUUUCCUUUUACAUGGAGCAUGCGAUUACGAAUUGCAACUGAAGUUGCGGGAGCUCUCUCAUACUUACACUCAGCAGCUUCUUUUCCAAUUUAUCAUCGAGAUGUCAAGUCUACAAACAUACUCCUUGAUGAAAAAUUGAGAGCUAAAGUUGCAGACUUUGGUACAUCAAGAACUAUUUCCUUAGAGCAAACACACUUGACCACGGUAGUUUAUGGCACAUUUGGUUAUCUAGAUCUAGAAUAUUUUCAAACAAGCCAAUUUACAGAUAAGAGUGAUGUUUAUAGUUUUGGAGUGAUUCUUGUUGAGCUCUUGACUGGACAAAAAGCAAUAUCUGCUGCAAGAUCAGAGGAAGGAAGAAGUUUGGCAACAUAUUUCAUAAUGACAAUGGAGGAAAAUAGCAGUAGUCUGUUCGAUAUUCUUGAUGGUCAAAUUGUCAAAGAUGUGCUAAAAGAAGAGAUCUUAAUUGUUGCUAAUCUUGCACAAAAAUGCUUACACUUGAACGGAAGGAAUAGACCUACCAUGAAAGAAGUAGCAAUGGAGCUCGAGAGGAUACAAGUCAUUGAUAAUAAAGAUGCAAAGGGUAGUCAACAUGAUUAUGAAGAGCUAGCAUAUGCACAACCUGAAGUUAUAGACUACUCUUGGAAUGCUUCCACGUCAUCAACUUUUGAUAGUAAUGCAUCUAGUUCUUCGUUGCAUCAAGAAUUACCAUUAUUAUAAGCUCUCAGCUCACAUUAUUCUCACGCACCCCACUGGUUUAUCAUCCAAAAUAAUAUUUUGGAGAGUCUCUUCUUUAUCCUUGGUUCAACAAUGGAUUUUGUUUGGGGGUGAUAUUGUAGUCAUUUUGCAGAAAUAUAUUGCCUUUGGAAGUUUGUUUUGAUGAGUUGGACUUUAUUGUAUGGAGUUAUCAACUUUUUAUUUCAUGAGACUUUGUUAUGAACAUUAUUUUAUAUGGACUUUAUUAUAUAUGUACGAGACUUUGAA